UCUCUCUCUCUGUCUCUUUAUGCAGCAAAGCCACUGAUGGUGAAAGGAUGACUUCUCCCUGGAGCAGGACCCUGGCCACAUCCAUCCCCAACGGGAGCAGCUAGAUCAUACUUUUGUUCCUUCCAUCCCUCGUUCCAUCCCUCUCCCACCACCAUGCCGGCCAUAGUGAACCUGCUCUUUAAUACGGUGUCUACCAACACCACCAUCUCCUUCUCCCUGGUGCUGCCUCUGGUCAGCGUCCUCUCCCUCCUGGUGGGGGUCGGAGGUCACCUACUCAUGUGGCUGGUGCUGAUGCGUAACCCUCGGCGACGCUCCAAACCUAGCUCCGUGCUGCUCCUCAACUUGAGCCUGGCUGACAUGGGCGCCCUGCUCACCCUGCCCUGCGUCCUACUCAGCGCCAGCUCCCAGGACUGGCAGCUCGGGGGCGGUAUCUGUGUGCUGCUGGGCUUCAUGACCUCCCUGACGGCCGGAGUGGAUAUAUUUAGUCUGGCCGCCUUGUCGGUGCUCAGGUACCGUAUAGUGGCCCCACCUGCUAGACCGCCUGCCAGUCCCACACAAGUAGCCGGCAUCGUGGCAGUGAUCUGGUUAGUCUCUGUCACCAUGGCCCUUCCCAAGGUCACAUACAUCCAGUUUGACAGUGGCUGUACAUGGUCUGUGGGGCGUGGCCAGUGGCUGGGCUUCCUGGUGCCAGCCUUCCUGGUCUACUACGUGGCUCCGCUCCUCUGCAUUGCCCUCAACUGUGGCCUCAUCAUCACCCAUCUCCACCGCUGCCGGGGUACGCUGGCCGCAGACCGCCGCAACAAGAAGGCCACGGCGCUCCUGAUUGGCUCCACACUGGUCUUCGCCAUCAGCUGGCUGCCCUACUACGCCCUGGAGUUUGUCAAUGUCAUGUCCCCCUAUGUCAGCUUCGUUGCCUCGCCUAUCAGUCAACAACCCUCCUCCUCCCUCAACUCGUCCGCGUCCCUGUCCCCACCCACGGAGGGGGACACGGAGGUGUCUCUCCUCUGGGAGGUGGCAUCCCUGUCGGCCAUCUUGUUGGUGUGUUUGGCGCCCUGCUGGAACCCGCCGCUCUACUUCCUGUUAUCUCGCCCGGCGGUGCGUCAGCUCCGUGCCCUCCUACUGUCGCUGAGGAAAUGCUUGGGAAGCCUGCGACCACCUAUCACCCCCGCGCCACCACCCCGUUUUCCUCACCUCCGCCCUCUUCCUACUUUGUAACUACACACCACGCCUUGCCACUCAGGCUGAUCCAGUGAGAUGAACACGCACGCACAAACGCACACACGCAAUUAUUCAACAGAUUGUGAUUACAUACACUGAGAGUACAAAACAUUAGGAACACCUGCUCUUUCCAUGACAUAGACUGACCAGGUGAAUCGAGGUGAACGUUAUGGUCCCUUAAUGACGUCACUUGUCAAAUCCACUUCAGUCAGUGUAGAAGGGGAAUGGGAGGAGACAGGUUAAAGCUUCAUAAAUGUGAAGGUGUGUCACAAAAGUAGAGGCUUAAAAUCGUACAAUCUUAGGUUUCGCCUUGCAAGUGUCACUUAGCAACUCAUACUCCUCACACAUAGAGGAAUCAAAUCAAAUUGUAUUUGUCACAUGCGCAUGGUUAGCAGAUGUUUAAUGCGAGUGUAGAGAAAUGCUGGUGCGUCUAGUUCCGACAGUGCAGUAAUAUCUAACAAGUAAUCUAACAAGGAGAGACUAGGUGGGGGGCUGGCAGAGAGACGGAGAGGGUAAGAAAAGGAAGAGAGCAUAACCAAGACACAGAUUCAAGGGGUUGAUCAAGCAGUGUGUGUGUGUGUGUGUGUGUGUGUGUGGGGGGGGGGGAAUAAAAAUUACAUUAGGCAAAAGGGGGUGAAAUAUUGUUUGUGUUUCUCCCACAGAGAAAACAACAACAUGAUUGACAGGUGUGACCCAUUUAUGCCAUCAGUAAUUGAACAACAUGGAAAUGUAGUAUUCCUUCCAAAAAAAAAGAUCUAGAUAUAUUUCAGAAUGUUGUCUAUCCCUGGAAGUCUAUCCCUGUCAAUAUAACAGUUUUAAACACAUAGCUUGCCCCAAAAAUAGUGACAGGGUAAGCCUUGGGGUAAGUGGGUGAUGUUGAGGGUGUGGUAUAUUGUAUAUCUUAAAUGUACGCCUACAUUCAGAUAUAGAUACCUCUGUUCAAUAUCACUUACUCUUCCAUAUCUUUCCCAGUUGUCUGCGACAGGUAUGAUGUUUCGAUGUGCCAAUUCGUAGGCAUGUUCUCUGCAUUUGAGACCACUAAACCCAUGAAACUGGUCUGCAAAAUACUUGAUACGUUUAAGCAAUCUCAGACUCCAUGUCAUCAGAUAAGACCUUGUGUGCUACUCUAUUGUAGCCUCUCUUUCGGACAGGUACAUGUUUGUUUUCUUUCUACGGUACCUCUUCAGUGUGUGCAAUGAUGUCCGAACAGUGUUUGGGUUUUUUUUGCAGUAACUUCUUUGUGGUUGUAAUGUUGCAAACGGCCGCGGCAGUUUCAGAACGAAGGACGUGGUCUUCAAUUGCGUGCUGUGCAUAAUCUUAAGGGAUAAAUAUUGUGUUUUAAAUGUACACUAUAAGAGUGAAGAGCUAUGAAUUCAGUGUUCAUGUGACUGUUCAAUAUGUAAACAAAAGGGAAAAUAAAUGUGCCUUUGAAUGUAUUAUUGACUAAAUAAAUUCUUCUAAAUGUG